AAGAGAAAUCCACACAGACAGUGCUAUCAUCCAAUGGAUCUAUCUGUGAAGCUCAAGAUGAUUAUAACGACCCAGCUAUCUCAUUCAAAAAGGGUGAACUACUUCAGUUAAGUAUAAAUGGAAAUGAGGUACAAUCACUGGAGACUGGUCAGAAGAGUGUUGUUCCAAUGAAAUACAUUGGAUACUCAAGAGUAGAAUUACUUCAAUUGUUCCAGUUUGCCAUUGAAAUAGAAAUUCUACCAUAUCGUUUUGACCUCAAUAUAAAAGCAGAGUAUUUUGUUCAGGAAAUUAAUGAUGCUCCUGGAUUACAUUCAUUAAGAAUGCAAGUGUCAAAACAAAAAUUGUUUGUAGCUAGACAUAGCUUUCAAGCAUUACACAAAGAUGGCUUAUCUUUUAAAAAAGGAGAAGUACUUAAAGUUGUUAAAAAUGAAGAUGAUGAAUGGUGGUAUAUGCAAUCAUUUCAUACAGACAACAUAGGCGAUGUCCCAAUUAGUUAUAUAAUACCAAUUGAAGGGAAAUACUCAGAAAUGUACUACAAGCAUGUCUACUACCAUAUAAUGGAUCACAAUGUAGCAAAAGAGAGACUGAGUCGUCAAGCAGACACUCAAAAAGGUAGCUUUCUAAUCAAUAAGAGUGAAAGAAAACCUGGAGUUCCUAGACAGCAUACCCUCAUACUUAACAAUGGAGUCAUUACAACAUACCAUCGUAUACAUUUUAGCCUUAAUAAGUGCUCUAUAGGCAAAAGUGUCUGGUUUGACUCACUCAAUGACCUGGUACAUCACUACAUGAUGAAAGCUGAUGGCCUGCCCUGCUCAAUAAAAAUUCCUAUACCCAAACAAAGAAACAUGCCUAUUGCAGUAAAUAAAGAGUUUGAAAUUAAUAAGUCACAUAUCAAGUUUUCAAAAUGCAUAAAUGCUGGACAGUUUGGAGAGACAUGGAAGGGUGUUUGGAAAGGUGAAGGGCCAGUUAUGAUUAAGACAAAUAUAGCAACAAAUAUUACACAAGAAACAUUUAUUGACGCGGCCAACAUAUUGGCAAAACUUCAUCAUAAGAACAUCAUCAGUCUAUAUGGUGUUUGUACUGAAAAUUAUCCUCUUUAUAUUGUAACAGAGCUGAUGAUAAAUGGAAAUCUCAAAGAUUACCUAACUACAAAUAAUCUUACACCAGCAGAGCUGGUAGAUAUCGCUAUUCAAGUUACUGAAGGUAUGAUUUAUCUAGGAGAACAAGAUUACAUUCAUUGCAAUCUAAAAGCUGCCAGUAUACUAUUAGGAUAUAAUAACACUGUCAAGAUAGCAAACUUUCAUCUUGCUCAACACCUCAAUGGCAAUAAAUACUGGACUGUUGAGGAAGGUACUGAGCUAGCUAUAAGAUGGACAGCACCUGAAGGAUAUACUUUAAACCAACUGAGUAUUAAAUCUGAUGUUUGGUCAUUUGGUAUAUUACUAUGGGAACUGGCUACCAAAGGGCAUAUGCCAUACCCUGGCAUGACCCAUAAAGAG